CAAUUGACUCAUUGAAUUGUCCUUUAGUUAACAAAAUUCCCACCUACUUUCCAUGUGUUUCAGUACCCCAAAACAGUAGAGCAUAGCAUUGCAGGAGAAAUCUCUGUCCCAGUUAUGGCUUCCGCUCAAUUUCUCUGCGGUCAGCAACUUUACAUCUCCUGCAAAAAUGGCAGAACCCAACUCAAUUCUUUCAAGAAAGGAAGUAUUUCUCUAUCUCCCACUUAUAGGCCAAAAGGGUCAUCAUUUUUGGGACAAAAAUCCCAAUUUGGAAGGACCCUUGUAGUCAAAGCUUCUUCUGAUUCAACAACUUCUGGCAAGAAGCAAGUAGAGAUAGUGUAUGAUCUUGAGGAUAAAUUUAAUAAGUUAGCUGAUGAAGUGGAUAAGAAUGCUGGACUUACAAGGCUAACUCUGUUUUCACCUUGCAAGAUAAAUGUUUUUCUGAGAAUAACUGGCAAAAGGGAAGAUGGGUAUCAUGAGUUGGCAUCUCUCUUUCAUGUUAUUAGUCUAGGAGACAAAAUUAAGUUCUCUCUAGCACCGUCAAAAUCAAAUGACAGAUUAUCGACCAAUGCUCCAGGAGUUCCCCUUGAUGAUAGAAAUUUGAUAAUAAAGGCCCUAAAUCUAUAUAGGAAAAAGACUGGCACUGACAACUUCUUUUGGGUUCAUCUUGAUAAAAGGGUUCCCACUGGAGCGGGCUUAGGUGGUGGUAGCAGUAAUGCUGCAACUGCUUUAUGGGCAGCAAAUCAAUUCUCUGGUUGUAUUGCUAGUGAAAAGGAUCUCCAAGAAUGGUCAAGUGAGAUUGGUUCGGACAUUCCUUUCUUUUUCUCCAAUGGAGCAGCUUAUUGUACAGGCAGAGGCGAGGUUGUUCAAGAUAUUCCCUCACCGAUAGGGUAUGACAUUCCAAUGGUUCUGAUAAAACCUCCAGAAGCAUGUUCUACAGCUGAAGUUUACAAGCGGCUGCGGUUGGAUGAAACUAGCAAGAUCGACCCAUUGAUCUUGUUAGAAAAGAUCUCAACAGGAGGAAUAUCUCAAGAUGUUUGUGUCAAUGAUCUAGAACCUCCUGCUUUUGAAGUCCUGCCUUCUCUGAAAAGAUUGAAGCAGCGUGUAGGUGCUGCUGGUCGAGGACAAUAUGACGCCGUUUUUAUGUCUGGGAGCGGAAGCACUAUAGUUGGAGUUGGCUCUCCUGAUCCCCCACAAUUUGUCUAUGAUGAUGAUGAGUACAAGGAUGUAUUCUUGUCAGAAGCCCAUUUCAUCACUAGGCCAGCUAAUCAGUGGUACUCUGAACCUGUAUUAAGAAAUGCCACCACCUCAGCAACAGAAUUCUCCAGCACAGCAGAAUAGUUUUGCUUCUUUCCAAUUGGCUUCAAAGGAAACAAUGCAACUGUAUCAUGACAAUGGAACUCAAGGGGCUGCAGGGGGGUCGACAUAAUAUUCUCAUCUCAUAAUUCAUUUGCAUAGAUUUGUGAAAUUCAUUUAUAUAGUGCCUACCAUGAACUUUAGGAGAUGUUUCAAAAUGGAAUGGUCCAAGAGCCAUUUUGAAAAGGACACUUAAAUAUGGAUACUCUAUUAUCUAAAUAUGUUUGAUUUUCACAAGACAGCAAAGUUUUCAAUGCAGGUUCAGCCCUUCUCAUGUA